UUUUUUUUUUUUUUUUUUAGCUUUUCUCGAGACAUAACAACAGAUGUUUUUUCAGCAUCUCUCAGUGACCCUCGCACUGUGCAUACAUAAUUUUAUGCAUGACAUUGUCGAUCGGAGGCUCCAGCUGCCAGACGCUUCGUGACAAGGGAAUGAUUUCCAUUUUGUUGUUCCCCUUUCACCUGUUUUCAUCUUCAGUUGGAGCUCUUUUCUGUCAGCCUUGUUUGAUGUGCCAUUUGAUAUGAAUGGUAAUCCGGCGGCAGGAUGAUUUCUUCGUCAGAUCAAAUGUGCACGAAGCCGUGAAUGGAUACUCUUCAGUGGGGAGAGAAAAAAAAGAAGUCUCAUCCUGGUUGCCAUGACCGAGGUGUGCAGGUCUUUUGAGGUCAGAGAGCAGGUGUCACUGCACUGAGGUCUGCUGUCCCAAUGAGCAAAGCGGCCAACCCACAGAGACGCACCACCUACCUCAUAUCCCUCACUCUGGUGAAGGUUGAGGCUUUGCCAGAGGAUGUAGCAGGAAGCCAGACGGAGGCUCUUCCAGAGGGGGAAGGGAGCCCUAAGAAGGAGGAAGAGGAGGAGAAGGAGGAGCUGAACAUUACUCCUGACAGGGAGGAAGAACCUGUGUGUUUGGAAGUGGCAGAAAAAGAAAACACAGAAGUAAAAGAGGAAGUGGAACAGGUGCGGGUCAAGUAUGGCAGCCCUAGUGAGAACAGAGGGAAGCCUGAGAGGAGGGAUGGACACCAAAAAGACACUGUAUCGGUUGGUAAGAGCAAAGACGCUUCUUUUGAACACCCACCUGUCAAGCAAAUGGUUAAAGUAUACGGAGGAACUACCACAGAGGGAACUGCGCGCAGAGAGGGACCUCGCUCAGAUGCCUUGCGCCCUAAGACUGAGCUCUACCGGGAGCCCCCCAUGCUCUUCUUAAAGGGCGAAAAUGGAGCGGACUUGAGCGGUCGUUCACGUUGCAGCCUCCCGUUUUCUGUCCCAUCACAGGUCAGCCCACGUCCUGAAGUCUUGAUGAGAUCCCACGCAGGAGGUAACUCUGCAUGGAGGGAGUUCAGAGAGACCAACACAACAACCUUGUAUCACUCUGCAAAGACUUUGGACAGAAGGGAUAACCGCUUUGGGGACCAGUCCCCCUUAACAGCAGCUACAACCAUGGGGCCUUAUAGGGCGUCCUGGGCCGACAGCGAUGGCAGGGGGGCGCUCAUCCGUCCCGGAGCUCCCGUCAGUGGAGGAUAUUCAGGCAUAAUGACCCGGGACAGCCCUCAGGGGGAGAGAUUUAAGACAGUUUCCGUUUCCUUAUCCGCUACCGACAUGUCCAGGGCUCAGAGAAAGCCCACAAGUCGUACCCUGGACAACAGCGACCUACAUUGCCUCUCCGAGGACCUGAAGAAGGGAAAGGAGGGACAGGGAGGAACAAUCCACCGUGCUCCUCCUCCUCCCCCUCGUGAUCGUAAGAUGCUCAAGUUCAUUAGUGGGAUUUUUACCAAAAGUGCAGGCGUGCCAGCCGGCGUCAACACUCCACCUCCGCUGUAUCCACCUGUGGAGAGAGGUUCGAGUGAGGAGGAAGUUGUAUGCACCAGCAGUCAAGAAUGGACGAUGAGCCAAACUGUGCAAGAGCUACAUCUGGGUGUUUUGGGUGGUCUGUGCAGUGGGAAGUCUGCUCUGGUCCACAGACAUUUAACUGGAAGUUACCUCUCACUGGAGAACUCAGAAGGACGCCAGUAUAUUAAGGAUGUGCUAGUUGAUGGUCAGAGCCAUCUGCUGAUAAUCAGAGAAGAGACAGAACUCCCGGAUCCUCAGUUUGCAAGUUGGGUGGACGCAGUAAUCUUGGUCUUCAGUUUGGAAAAUGAGGCCAGCUUCCAGGAAGUUUACAAAAUCUAUCACCAGCUUGCAAUCCAUCGGCCCGUAACUGAGAUCGCUUUCAUAGUCGUUGGCACUCAGGAUAAGAUCAGCAGCACCAACCCCAGAGUGAUAGAUGAUGCCAGGGCCAGACAGCUCUGUUCAGACGUGCGGCGCUGCACUUACUAUGAAACCUGUGCGACGUACGGCCUCAAUGUGAACAGAGUCUUCACGGAUGCUGCUCAGAAGAUCAUGGCAGCUAAGAAACAAGCUGCCCUACUGGCUUCUUGUAAAUCUCUUCCCAAUUCUCCCAGCCACUCUGGAGGCUCCACCCCAGUCUCCGGUGUCUUUCCAGGACAGGCGAGUAACGGUGGGCAGAGCAGCGACUACUCGUCCUCACUUCCCUCCACUCCUGUGAUCAGUCACAAAGAGAUUGGCAGAACACUGAGAGGGGAGAAGCAGGACGGUACUACACCUGUCUUGGUCCGUAGCGUCCGAAGACGCACCACGAGAUUUGCGGGCCGGAGAGGCAGCGACUCAAACAGAAGGAGCGCAGACUUUAAGGGCGAUCUGGGCAGCGGGCGCUCCAUUCCCAUCAAACAGGGCAUCUUGCUGAAGCGCAGUGGGAACUCGCUCAACAAAGAGUGGAAGAAGAAGUAUGUGACAUUGUCCAAUGAUGGCAUACUGUCCUAUCACUCCAGUGUCAAUGACUACAUGCUGAAUGCCCCCGGGAAAGAGAUGGACCUGCUGCGAGUGACAGUGAAGGUGCCGGGAAAGCGGCCGCCUCGCGCCAUCCCUGCCUGCGCCCCCCCAGCUGGGCUUAACGGACGGGUCAAAGACGUUCAAGGAACUGAGGUCCCAAUGAGUGCAAGCAGUCUCCUGCAAGUUGAGGAGAUGGAGGGGCUGGGUGGUGCCCUGUUCCUGAGGGGUAACAGAGGUGUGCAGCGAUGUCCUUCCACACUAUCUAACCACGCUCAAAGCAUUGACUCUGCAGUUGAGGGCGUCUCGAGCUCUUCCUCUACCAAAGACGUAGGUUCUGCCUCCCCUGUCACGGACAGAAAAAAGCAUCGCAGAAAGAAGAGCAUGAAUCAGAAAGGAGAUGCCACCGCCGGCCAAGCAGAUGCUAAGCGCAAAAUGUGGAAACUCAAAAGCUUUGGUAGCUUAAGAAACGUAAGCAAGACAGACGAGGAUAACUUUGACUUCCUCAUUGUGUCGAGCACUGGUCAGACGUGGCAUUUUGAAGCACAAAGUGUGGAAGAGAGGGACUCCUGGGUCCAAGCCAUCGAGAACCAGAUCCUGGCCAGCCUGCAGCUGUGUGAAAGCAGCAAAAACAAGGCUCGAAGGAACAGCCAGAGUGAUGCAGUGGCUCUGCAGGCGAUACGCAAUGCAAAGGGCAACAACUUCUGUGUGGACUGUGACGCUCCCAAUCCGACCUGGGCCAGUCUGAAUCUGGGCGCUCUCAUAUGCAUCGAGUGUUCCGGCAUCCACAGAAACCUGGGGACUCACCUGUCACGGGUUCGCUCUCUGGCGCUGGAUGAUUUGCCACGAGAGCUGACGCUGGUUCUCAGUGCUAUCGGCAACCACAUGGUCAACAGUAUAUGGGAGGCACGCACAAUGGGCCACCGUAAACCAGCACCCGAUGCUACACGAGAGGAGCGGGAAUCGUGGAUAAGAGCCAAAUACGAGCAGAAACUGUUUGUGGCGCCGUUGCCUCCUCCUACGAGCGAGGGCCCAGACAUCACUCUAUCUGGCCGUCUUCUGUUGGCAGUGAUGGAGCACAAUCUCCCCAAGCUGCUGCUACUUUUGGCCCACUGCACUAAGGAGGACAUUAAUGCCCCUCUCAGCCUGGCACGCUCCUCCCGGUCGCUCUUAGCUCUGCGGCUGCCCGCUUCCCCCCUGCACGCUGCCUGUCAGCAGGCUGAUGUGGUGAUGACGCAGCUUCUAAUUUGGUAUGGCUGCGAUGUUCGGUAUCGGGAUGCUCAAGGCCAGACAGCGUUGGCUCUGGCUCACAGCGCUGGCAGCCAAGAGUGUGUCGACAUCUUGCUCCAGCACGGAUGCCCGAACGAGCCGCCCCCAUCCGUCGCCGCGACAGUCGGUUUCGCAGCGGCAGCCACAUCCAGCUUCCCUGUUGCCAUGACACCAAGCCUGACGGUUGCCACGACACUCAAGAUCUCGCACAAGAGCGGCGGCACAAGCUUGAGUUACAGCACCUCCAGAAGAGCAGUGUCAUAACCGAAAUGUGGUGUGGCAUAAAGCCUGUGCGUCAGAGUGUGUUAGAGUAUAUGUUUGUGUGUGUGAGUUUGUCACUUUACCCUCAUAGUGUCAUUGCGCGUCCACACAGGCCAGCGGGACUGAUGGACAUGUUGCCAGAUGUUGCACUCGUAGAGCCAGAUGAGGUUCUAAAAGGUGUCUGUGUGUGUAUCAGGAGUGUAAACUGUGAAUCACACAGCCACAUGCAAUCUGCUUGAACGAUUUAACCAAAAAAAAAAAGGCAAAGUCUUCUCAUUACGCUUUACAAGUGACGGUAAGGUAAAAGGAAUACGACAUCCUCUGCCUCUGCAUUCAGGUUUAAAGGAAUGUAUUUAUCCUGUAUGGAGGACUGAAAGUGCCAAAAUAAAAAUAAGCGCAUAAAUGACAAAAUGUAUAUAGAUGAA